ACAGUAGUUUGAAUACCUUGCGUGAAGUAUGUGGCGUGAAUGGUGGAAAUGAGUUUUAUUGUAAUUAUUCUACAUUAAAGAAUACAAGUUGUAUGAGGAGAAAAUUGUACUUUAAACAGAGCAUAAGUAGUGCAUUGUCUCUGCAACGUGAUUUUCUCACAUGUCUCGCGGUUUGCUCUUGAAUAGAAAGGCAGAGUGAAAUAUUAGUGAUAUAUAGAAACAAUCAUUACAGGGUAAAAACUGUUAUAUAAUUAUUUGGGAUUGUGCUUUCAACAUAGUGAAAACUGAAGAAAACGCACAGUUAGGGACGAAAUGAAAGCUCCCGUGGGAAUUGUGCUUAUAUUCCUCUCAACAUUCACUUUGGGGAAAAAUGCAACGCUCGAGGAACGAAUUAGGGAUGAUUCGGAUUUGUCACAGUUUUAUUCUCUGCUGGAGAGGAAUCAAGUAGCAAUGGCAUCGCUGAAGUACCGCUCUUUAACACUUUUCGCCCCCACAAAUGAAGCUUUUCAGCGAUUCACUGGCAACACAACGCACGUCCUCUAUCACAUUUCAACGGUGGCCACAACACUGGAACAACUGGGUACAACAAUAUCGUCGGAUUUGGAAGGGAACCCACCUUUGUACAUAACAAGGAGAGGGAAAGCGUCACAGGAGCAGAUUUUUAUAAACAAUGCCCUCGUCCUGCGUUCUAGGUCCAAUGUACAAUUACAAAAUUCAGAUGGGAGAAAGCAAGUACUCCAUGUAAUUGAUGAUGUUCUGCAACCCCUCACGGUACUCCCAUCUUCAUCCAUUGAGCUAUUCAGCCCGGAUGCCUUUCAAUUUUUGACUUAUUCCGAAAGUUUAGACGUAAAUUCCCACCGUAUGCGCUCAUAUCGUGAAAAGGUGAUUAUGAAUAAGAAGGAAAAUGUAUUCCAAGCCGUUGGGAGUCACACCUUUUUCAUUCCCGUUGAUGAAGGAUUUAAGCCACCACCAAGAGCAGACUUGUUCGACAAAAAGGUCAUCGACGGGCACGUUAUUCCCAAUCUUGUGCUCUUUACGGCUGCCGCUCCCUAUGGGGACCCUCUGCGCACGCUGGCCUUCGAGGACAAUUUAAAAGUGCAAAUCACGUUUUCGCAGUCUGAUAGCAAACCCCCCAAAAUUUACGUGACAUCGAACACCAUGAUUGGGGAUGGGAAGCACACACCUGGGAAUGUCCUGGCGGAAGUUGUGAAGGCGAAUAUUCCGGUGAAGAAUGGUGUUGUUCACCUCAUCAGUAAACCAUUGAUGAUUGUUGACAAUACAGUUAAAGAAUUUCUAGAGUCUUUCGAGGACAAGGAUGAUGGGCCCCUUAAUAAAUUCUACGAGGUCAUUAUGAAAGUGGGCAGUGACUUUAUGCAGAGUAUCAACGGGAUGAAAAAUGUAACACUCUUUGCACCGAGCAAUGAAGCCUGGGCAACAUCUAAUUUGGACAACUUAAUAAAGGACAAGGAUAGAAUGCGUGAUAUCCUGAACCUGCACAUUGUGAAGGACAGGCUGACAAUUGAUAAGAUUAAGAAGAAUAAUGUUAAUGCGAUUUCCCAAGUUCCCACGAAUGCUGAUAAGAAGUUCCUGUACUUCAACGUAAUCACUGACCAGGAUAACAAUGAAACUAUAACAGUUGAGGGUGGAGGAGUAAAUGCCACCCUGAUUCAGGCCGACAUUGCCGCAACAAAUGGAUAUGUACACAUCAUUGACCGAGUUCUUGGCAUACCCUACACCACUGUGUAUGAGAAACUAAAGUCGGAUCCCAUGUUAAAUAAAACAUACCAUUUGGGCAUGCUUCCUCGCUUCAAUGAACAACUUGAUAAUGUGCGGAGAAAGUACACAUUUUUCGUGCCACGAGACAAAGCCUGGCGCAAUUUGGAGAGAACCUGGCCCUCAACCUACAAGAAACUCUUUAUGCCAGCUUUUUCAUACCAUGCAUCUUCCAUCCUUGAGCAUCACUUGAUCCUUGCCGAUAGAUCCUACACUAUGGCUGAUCUGAAGGCCUUGGCCAAUGAUUCUGUUGUUGUCUUAUCAGCCAUGAGGGGUAUUCUCAAACUUAAGAUCCGUGAAGAAGAUCGACAAGAAGAUAAUCAUAUGUAUAAUCCGCAUCAUCAAGAACAGCAAGUUUAUAAUUCUGGAUAUGCAAUCCAAUUUAACAAUCGAUGGAUUAAUGUUUUCCGUCCGGAUGUGGAAUGUACAAAUGGGGUCAUCCAUGUAAUUGAUUUUCCACUAAUGGAGGAAAGUGAUAUGAAGAUCAACGUGGCCUCAGUCUCAUCAACAGCCACUCUUAUUAAAAGUUCUUUAAUACAAAUAAUUGUAUUGCUAGGCAUUUUUAAAAUUCUCUGUACGAAAUACAAUUGAUUUCAGCAUUAUUUCUACUAAAGAUUUACUUCUUGUAGAGUUUUUCCCCCCUGAAGAAUAUGUUGAGAAAUCAACUUUAAUCAGAUUGAAAAGAAAAAAAAUUUGUCCCAGUUUAUUUUUGUGUGCAGAAAAAUGCAUUAAUGAUGGAAACUGCCAGUAAAUUGGAUUUAAAUGAAGAGAAUCAUGAUAAAAUAAAGUUAUUCAAAAUAUAAAAUCACCAUCAUUUCCUUGAAAAAAAAAAAUAAAGGGAAAAAGAAAAUAACAUAAAUAAUUUAAACAUCGCAACAUGCGCAUGUAUUUUAUGUGUGAAAGUUUUUCUUUAAAAAUCAAUUUUCUUUUAUACCAAAUAUAUUAUAUAAUUUAGUACAAGUUUAAGUGAAUAUUUUUUAAAUUUAAAUUAACUAGGUAUCCCAAUAGAAAGUGUGAAAAAAAUUAUUCCCGUUGCAACAUAAAACCGUAUAAUGUACCUAUAUUUUUCUAAAUCAUAAUAAAACCCUGAAAAAAAAACAGAGAUGUUUAUUAUCACAAAAAAAAGAAUAUCCCGCGAAAAAUAUUAUAUUUAUGAGAAAAAACAUUAAAAGAAAAGAAAAAUAAGAAAAUGUAAAGCUUAACUAUUAUUUUUAUAACUUUGCAUAACUGAUUUUAACAAGUUGUAAUGCGAUAUCACUUAUAAGUAAGGUAAAAAAAAUUGUAGCUAUAUAUUCAUUGAAGAAAAAAAAACGAAAUAAAUUAUUCUAAAAUAGUUAAAGUCAUAAAUAGAAAAAUUAUCUAUCACUUAUUGCCUUUCAAAUUAAAUGAGGAAUGAUGAAAAAAAAUGAAGAAAAAAUUGUGAAACAUGUAGAAAUUUAUUUGAACAAUAAUGUGUAAUAAAAUGUUAGGAUAAAUCAAGUAAUUAAAUAUAAUAUUAAAUUAAAUUCCAUGCAAUUUUCUCGAUUAGUUUAGAUUAAUAUGUGGAAAGUGCAUCAUUUUGUAAAAGGAAGGAAGCAAACAUGCGUGUGAAAUAUGAUAAUAACUAUAAAAUCAGUUUGUAAUAAAAUUUUCAUUUGACACGAAUUUUGAAUAUUAAGAUUAUAUUUUUAGUCCAGUUUUAGUACACUCCUAAAUUUUAUUAUUUUAUAAAUCAUUUUGUAUUUAUUAAAUUAUAGUUUGUACAUUUUUUUUAAAUGUAUUUUUCAAAGUGUCUCACACAGGCAAGUGUAUGAUAAUGAAGAAAUAUUCCUAGAAACCAAAAAAAUAAAAUAAUUUGCUGAAAAUAGAAGAAAUCUUGAAUGUUAAACAAUCAAAAUUAAAGAAAAUAAAAAAAAAACAUUAGAAAUAUGAAAUGAAAUAUUUUUGAAGGCAAAAAAGGAAAAUAUAGGAAAUGCUUAUUAUCAACAGAAAAGUAAAUAUAAAAAAAAACACAGAAUGAUAAUUUGCAAUUUUUUUUUAUAUUAUAAUUUUAAUUCAUAAUAUUUUCCAUUAUCAGCUUUCAAAUGAAGAAAAGAAAAUAUAAUAAAUGAAAAUAUUUUUCUUAUGAUAAACACAAGGAAAUUUAAUGCAUUAUACGCUAAUAUGAACCACGUUCAAUGAUUAACAUUAAUAAAAAAUAAUAAAUAGCCAUCGAUUUAUAAUUAAAUGUAAUAUUUUGAAUGCUAGAAUUGUAAAAUGGAUCAUUGAUGAAAAAAAGAGAUGAAUAAAUUAUUUUCUUGCCUCAAAAA